AUGCCAUCCCAUUCGACCCUGGACAAGUUCCGAGAGCCUUUGGCAAAACGGAAGAACUGGAGGUCUCGCCCCGCCGUUGGGCACGAGACGAGCUCCAUUGGUUCAACGACGAUCCCCAACUAUAGUUCACAAACAAACGGCAUCUCCCACGAACAUGUGCGACUUAUCUCUCCAAAUUCAUCCCCCUUAGCCGAGCCAGAAACCUCCGCCAGUGAAGUACGACAUGAAUACGAGUACGAGCGAAUAGAUAGCCCUUUUAUUCGUCUUAUCGAAUUACAAUCGGGAAACUGGACCGACCCCAUCGAGUGCACGUUAUCUACUUUUGAUCUAAAUACAGUUGAUCUUCCCGAUGAUAGUCCGUAUGAAACGCUAUCAUAUGUAUGGGGCGAUGUAUCACACCGGAGGGAGAUCUAUAUCAAGGGCGUACCCUUCAAUGUUACUAGAUCCCUAUUUGAGGCUUUACAAGUCCUCCGGUGCCCUGCAGGCGGCGGCGCACGUAUUGUUUGGGCAGAUGGGAUAUGCAUCAAUCAAAACGACCAAGAGGAGAAGACCAUCCAAGUGCAAAUGAUGGGCAGAAUAUAUGCUUGUGGUGCAAAGGUCCUGAUAUGGCUCGGUCAUUUUGAGCCUGUUCAGGCUCUCCUAAAUCUAGACAUGCUAUGCUUACUUGCUGCUGAAGAAGAUGGCACAGAGUCGUCGUCCUCAGGUCUGCUGCCAGAGACAUCCAGUAAUGGAUAUGGUACUAGUGGAACCACGCAUCUCAGACAAUUUCCAACUGAACAAGAGACACCACCCGAAUUUUCAGCGCCACACUAUCGAUGGUACAGCGACGACCGUUCCCGCUCAAUCCUCGUAACCCCAGACCCCCAUACCACCGACAUCUCCUUCCACAAGCCCGAUUCCCUGAAACACAUCUGCCCCCUCUUCGAAACCGCCUGGUUCCAACGCAUCUGGGUAAUCCAAGAAUACAUCAAAUCUACCUCCACAGAGGUCCUCUGGGGCAACGCAAGCUUCAGCUUCGACCUGUUAGGAAAAGCCGUAACCAGCCUAAGGGGAUACCACUAUAGCAAGGUCGCGCACUACACCACAGCCAGCUCGGGCAUAAAUAGCUGCUACGACAUCUACUGCAUGAAACGCGACGACGGUACAACAAACACAUUCUUCAAAACCCUUCUCUUGACCAAAGACCGCAAAGCAACGGACCCGCGCGACAAAAUCUUCGCUCUCGUCGAACUGCCCUUUAGCGACAGAGGCGACGACAAUUUCUUCCCCUUAGCCCCAGAUUACAGCUUAGAUGUCGCAAACAUCUACCGCACCACCGCACGCCGCCUCUUGCUAGAACGCAAGGAGAUCGAUAUCUUGGCUUACGUCAAACCCGGCUCCCCACUAGCAGAUACCUGGGCCUCUUGGGUACCAGAUUGGACGCACUGUCGUUCCUCCAACGCCUUGGCCGGCAGAAAAGUAAGCGCUUACACUCCACCCGUUGUGCACGAACCGCGAUGCCGGUUUUGCGCUACCGAGCGCUUCGAUUCGAUCUCCGUUGGUGGUAUCGUAGUAGACACCGUUGAGUAUCUUGCCGCGGAUAUCUUUGACAGGAAGCCGUCGGCGAAAUCGUACGGGUUUCCCAGAUUAUCACGCCAGAGGAAGGGUUGGCUCCACGCUAUCAAUGCGUUUAUAAACCAUUUCCAGGGCACGUUUGAAGAGAUGACGGUAGCGAAGAGUUUGACGGCCGGAGGAGGUGCGCACCUAGCUGUACUGGAAGGCGAGGAUGAGGAGGCUGCGUUUACGGCUGAUUAUCGCGAGUUUGUAAACAUAGCAAAGUCACAACGACGCAUAGAGAAAAAGCAAACUUUGCGCACAGUCGCGCGUCCGUAUCUCCAACGCCCUCUAAAAUACGACUGA